CCAAAAUCCCAGUGGAAUAGAAGUUAAGGUGUUUAUAAGUCCUUUCUGUGCAUGAGAGGCUUUAAGUAUAUGGACAUGGCACAGCUGCAUGUGGAAACUGAUGGAAUCUUAAAGUCUGAUGACUAUUUGGAAUAUGGCCAGAACAACACCCAUGAUUAUGAUUACGAUGCAGCGAAUACAGUGAAUAACACUACAGUGUUUACAGUGUUUAACAGUACAGUGAAUAAUGUUCCUGUGGAAAGAGACAGUGAGGCAGUGUGGGUCCCUGCUCUGUAUGCCGUAGUGUUUUUUGUUGGAAUCCUGGGAAAUAUUAUUCUCCUGACAGUUCUGGUUCAAAAAAGGAGACUGUGGAGCCUAUCGGACACCUUUAUUCUCCACCUGAGUUUUGUGGACAUCCUCCUCCUGUUAAUGCUGCCCUUCUGGGCUAUACAGACAACUCCGCUUUGUGACUUGUUUUGGGGGAUUUUCAGCCGGGUCUUUGGGGUCGUUUUCAAGCUCAAUUACUACUGUGGGAUCUUUCUGCUGGUUUGCAUCAGUCUUCAAAACUACCUCUCUGUCAUCCAUGACAUCCAGUUGUAUUCCCACGGGAGGCGCUGGUUAGUUCAUAUCAGCUGCCUGUUAGUCUGGCUUAUCUCUGUCCUCCUCACUGCACCUGACUGGAUUUUCCUGGUGGGUAAAAAUAAUUACACAGAAGAUAAUACUUGUGUUCACAUCUACCCUCAAUCUGGAACUGACUGGCAGUUGUGGUCACGCCUGCUACACCACAUAUUUGGCUUGGUGGUACCUGGACUCAUGUUGAUGAUCUUUUGCUCACAUAUGCUACGGCAGCAGUGCAGCUGUAAUGGCCUCCCAAUCCAGAGAAAUAUCACCAUCAUCCUGUCUCUGGUGAUCGUAUUCUGUCUGUGUUGGAUGCCGUACAACUUCAUAUUUUUUUUGGACACUCUCCAGAACAGUCUUCAGAAACAUCCUCCUAACGAUUCACAUGAAAGUUCUGAAGGUUCACUAAAAACACUUCUUGUGGUCACCUCUGCUAUAGGCUGCCUUCACGCCAGCCUGAGGCCUCUGCUGUGUCUCGGCCUGUGUGGAAACUUCAGGCAACACUUACUGGCCAUGCUGAGAUGUAAUAAAACUGAACCAGAAGGCUCACUCUGGGAUCUUGGUGUAGGCCAGAGACAGCAGCCUGAUCACAGUCAGGUUCAACAGGAAGAGCUGGAACAAAUGAUGGUUGUAGAGAAUCCCCUAGCUUAGUGAAGAUGAACAGAGAAACAUGCUCUCUUCUGACGCAGAUGUAAGUAGAACAACUUUACACUCCUGAGAGGAAGUGAAUGCAGUUUCAUGUCAUGAGUUCAAGGGGUGGAGGAUGUUAUUCUGUGUAACUGACAAACAGAUGAAAGUAUCUGUAUGAUCAAGACGACGAGCUGAAACAGAUGAUGGCUGUAGAGAACCAGUCAGUUUAGGGAAGAUGAACAGAGAAACAGACUCUUUAGUGAGAGAGCUCACAUGUGAGCAUGAUGAUGUUACUGUCAUGGUACUGGGUCAUCGACCCACAGUUUUGAGUUUAUUUAGGUCCAUGACGUAUUUUGUAGAAUGUGUUUUUGCAUUGUUUGGUCUUGUUCUUUCUUUAUAGAGUUAUUGCUAUUCUUAUGUUCAGUUUGAAGCCCUGAUGCUAGUUUGUAGUCGACUGAGGUUUUUUUUUUCCUUUCGGGUCCUGUUUGCCUUGGUAUUGCCUCUGUGUGUCCUCCUCAGUAUCUCCUGUGUUAUUUUGCCUCCCAGUGGAGUCUGUCUUGUUUUGUUUAUUUGCCUGUUUCCACAGGCAUGUGGGCAUCUGUGUGUGUGUCUGAUUUCCCUCACCCUCUCUGACCCUCACUCUCUCACCCUCGUUCUGUGUCUCCUUAGUCGUGUCUCUGAGUUUCGUCUCCCUUUGCUUACAUGUCCUUGUCUUGGUCUCUGCGUGAAUGUAACUUCCUGUUUUAUUUUGACAGUACCUUGUCUCAUGUGUGUUAUGCUCAGUUUGGCUUCCCUUGUUUUGUUAGUCAGAUUUGUUCCUGAUGUCUUUCCACCUGUUGUCCAUCCUCUCCUUGUAUUUAAGUCCUCAGAUUGUUUCUGUUUGUUGUCAGUCUUUAUGUUGGUCCUGCUGUCAUGGAGGCUGAAGGGCAGCACUGGUAGUCACCAGUAUUUUUAGUUCUUGAUUUCACUGUUGCAGCAUGGGUACUGGGAAUGUGCAGACAGGACACCGGAUGACAACAGCAUGUAGUGUUGUUUG